ACCAAGGAAGUAUGUUUUAGGUGAAUUUUUAAAAUAGGCUAACGAGUUUAUGAAGCAAAACGACGGUUUUCUGAAGGCAAAACGACAAUCCAAAAUGAAAAAAUAGCAAUGGGAUUGCCGGAUUGAGAGGGCUUUAGCCUUUAGGUGAAGAGGUUCUAGGGUUUUUGUUGUAAAUGGAGAACAGCGUGGAGCAGACUCUGCAAGAUGGGAAACUGUACAGGCAUCUCAAUUCUCUUAUCGUUGCUCAUCUUCGUGACAACAAUCUUAAUCAGGCUGCAAGUGCAGUUGCUUCAGCAACCAUGACACCGUUGAAUGUUGAAGCCCCACCUAAUAAGCUUCUGGAGCUGUUUGCUAAGGGUCUUGCAGUGGAGAAAGAUGAGAUGUUAAGAGGGGUUACAUCAUCUGCAUUGUUUGAUUUGGGUAGUUCAUUACCUGCAUCAUAUGGCUCAAUCCCUGCUCCUCGCGCUGCUGCUGUUGAUUUCAGUGCUGUGCAGGAUACAAAAGGGUCAUCAAAAAGUUUUCCAAAGCAUGAGACACGGCAUCUUUCAGAGCACAAGAAUGUUGCCAGAUGUGCAAGAUUUAGCCCUGAUGGGAGGUUUGUUGCCACUGGAAGUGCAGAUACAUCAAUAAAGCUCUUUGAGGUUGCAAAAAUUAAGCAAAUGCUGCUGCCAGAUGCAAGAGAUGGUCAUGUGCGACCUGUCAUACGGACGUUUUAUGACCAUAUACAACCAAUAAAUGACUUGGAUUUCCAUCCUCAAAAUACUGUUCUGAUAUCUGGGGCCAAAGAUCACACUAUAAAGUUCUUUGAUUUCUCCAAAAUGACUGCAAAGAGAGCAUUCAGAGUUAUACAGGAUACACACAAUGUGCGUUCUGUAUCUUUUCAUCCUUCUGGAGAUUUUCUUUUAGCAGGAACUGAUCAUUCAAUCCCACACUUGUACGAUGUCAAUACCUUUCAGUGCUAUCUAUCUGCAAAUGUGCCAGAAAUUGGUGCUAAUGGAGCCAUAAAUCAGGUCAGGUAUUCAUCUACAGGUGGCAUGUAUGUUACAGCAUCUAAAGAUGGUGCUGUUCGGCUAUGGGAUGGGGUAACUGCCAAUUGUGUGCGCUCCAUAGUUGGUGCACAUGGAGUGGCUGAGGCAACUAGUGCAAAUUUUACAAAGGAUCAAAGGUUUGUUCUCUCUUGUGGGAAGGAUUCGACUGUGAAGCUUUGGGAAGUUGGCACCGGAAGAUUGGUCAAACAGUAUCUUGGAGCUACACAUACACAGUUGCGGUGCCAGGCUGUUUUCAAUGACACUGAAGAAUUCGUACUAUCCAUAGAUGAACCAAGCAAUGAGAUUGUAAUUUGGGAUGCUCUGACAGCAGAAAAAGUAGCAAGGUGGCCUUCAAAUCAUAUCGGUGCACCCCGCUGGGUUGAACACUCACCGGUAGAGGCCGCCUUCGUUUCCUCUGGGACUGAUAGGUCUAUCCGGUUCUGGAAGGAAAUACUCUAGUCUCUAGGUACUUGGAAGAUGGGGUUGGCGGUGAUCUUAAUCCAAGGAUAUGAUAUUAUGUAUAUUAAGAGAUUGCUGAAAAUGCUUCCUAGAAGAAAUUUUCUGCCUGUAGAACAACUGAAAUGAUGAAAAUGGUUGGACCUGCGGGUCUAUUUAUACAAAAUUGUAGACAUUGUCCUUC